AUGGCCCAAACGUUGCGUUACAUGAACGGGGAUGAGUUGGCCGAUAUCAUGAAAAGUGGCAAAGUUCCUCAGAAGGAUUUUGUCGUCGUUGACGUUAGGGACGAUGACUACGCCGGCGGGAAUAUUAAAGGGAGCGUAAACUACCCUUCAGCAGAGUUUCUGGGCAAUGUGGAUCAACUGGUCAAAGUGACCAAGGAGGUUCCGUUAGUCAUCUUUCACUGUACUCUAUCACAAGUUCGAGGUCCAAAAGCUGCUAGGAUCUAUUCCGAGACCAGAAAGAACAUUCUCUCGAAUGAUAUUCCUCAUGAAGUAGCCAUCCUCCGCGACGGUUUCUCACAGUUCCAAGUGAAAUAUAAGGACGAUGCCGACUUGGUGGAGAAGUGGGAUAAAAAUGUGUGGGCAUCGGAUUGGAGCUAG